AUGAUGAGUGCUGGGCAAAAGGAGUCUCGAUGGAAUGGACGCCAAUUAGCAAAAGGAUUAUUACAGCACAAUUCUACUCAAAGUACAAAAAAAUGUUGGUGGUACAAGCAUAUGCACCAACAAAUGAGGCGAUGGAUGAGGAAAAGGAUGAAUUUUACAACCAGCUGCAGGACACUGUUUCAAGCUGCAACAAAAAAAAUAUAUGAUUGUGGUGAUGGGAGAUUUGAAUGCUAAGGUAGGCAACAACAACACCAAUAGAGAGGAGGUUAUGGGGAAGUUUGGCGUUGGUGUUAUGAAUGACAAUGGAGGGAGGUUAUAUCAACGACGUCUGUAGUGCAAAUGGGUUAAUCAUAUCUUGAACAAUCUUCCCUCAUAAAGACAUCCAUAGGCUCACCUGGAGGCCACCAGAUGGACCAUGUUCUAGUGAAUGGAAAGAUGAGAACAUCUAUAUUAGACACCAUAGUAAUGAGAGGAGCAGACGUAUACAGUGACAAUUACCUUGUGAAAACAAGGAUACGUCUUAAGUUGGCAAGAGCUGAGGGGAGGAAGAACGUAAGGCAAAGGUUUGACGUAAGUAAACUGUAAAGUGAAGAGAUGAGGAGGAGGUACAACAUUGCGGUGAGGAAUAGGUUUGAAGCUUUAGGAGACAUAAAUGAUCCGGAGGAAGAACACGAUAUGAUUUCGGCAACAUACAGAGAUGCAGCAAAGAAAGUCUUGGGGAGGUCAAAGAAACUUAGUAGGCCAUGGAUAGGACGCAAAACAUGACAAAAGAUCAAGGAGAGGAAAGAGGCAAAUUGAAACUGGAGGGUGCAAGAUCGGAACGACUGAAACAGAGAUGGAGGGAGAAGUAUAAUGCGGAGAACAACGAAGUGAAACGGAGUCAAGGGAGGAUAAGAGAAAUUGGUUAUAGAGAAGAGGGCUGCAGCAGCGGAAAAGGCCACUCAGAAUAAUAGGAGCAAGGAGCUAUACAGCAUUACUACGUCGAUAACUGGAGAAAGGCGGGAACAAGAAAUAGGUGUUAAGGACAAACAAGGUGUGCUUAGGACUGAAACAAGAGAAAGACUGCAGAGAUGGGUGGAGCACUUUAGUGAAAUAUUUAACAGAGAUGACCCAACGAAUCCUGUGGAAGAGGAUGAGAUAGUAGAAUUGGAAGAGAUUGAGGAAAUGGAUUUAGGAAGAUGGCGACAAUAA